ACACUUGUCCCCGUGCCCUCGCUGUCCCCGUGUCCCUGUCCCCACGUCCCUGUCCCAACACUUGUCCCCGUGCCCUCGCUGUCCCCGUGUCCCCGCAGUGUCCCCCUGUGACAGCCGCUGUCCCCUCAGCAGAUCCUGAGCACGGUGGAGGCGCAGGCUCCCAGCACCGCGGGGCCAUCGGGCUGUGGCCCCGUCCCCGUCCCCGUCCCGGUGGUGGCCGUGCCAGGCCCGGGGGUGGCGGCGGCGCUGCCCAACGGGGCCCCCCCGGGUCCCCCUGCGGUGACCGAUGACAGCAAAACCAACCUGAUCGUCAAUUACCUGCCCCAGUCCAUGAGCCAGGAGGAGCUGAGGAGCCUCUUCGGGAGCCUCGGGGACAUCGAGUCCUGCAAGCUCGUCCGGGACAAGGUCACCGGGCAAAGCCUGGGCUAUGGCUUCGUCAACUACGUGGAGGCCGGCGACGCCGACAGAGCCAUCGGGGCCCUCAACGGCCUCAAGCUGCAGACCAAGACCAUCAAGGUGUCCUACGCCCGGCCCAGCUCGGCGUCCAUCCGCGACGCCAACCUGUACGUGAGCGGCCUGCCCAAGGCCAUGGGGCAGAAGGAGAUGGAGCAGCUCUUCUCCCAGUACGGCCGGAUCAUCACCUCCCGGAUCCUCGUGGAUCAGGUCACAGGUGUGUCGCGGGGGGUGGGCUUCAUCCGCUUCGACAAGCGCGUGGAGGCCGAGGAGGCCGUGCGGGGGCUGCACGGGCAGAAGCCCCUCGGGGCGGCCGAGCCCAUCACGGUCAAGUUCGCCAACACCCCCGGGCAGAAAUCGGGGGGGGCCCUGCUGAGCCUCUGCCCCGGAGCCCGGCGCUACGGGACCCUGCACCCCCCAGCACAGCGAUUCCGCCUGGACAAUUUGCUGAACGUGGCGUACGGGGUGAAGAGCCCCUUGUCGCUGCUGCCCAGGUUCUCACCGUUGGCCAUCGAGGCGGUGCCGGCGCUGGCCGGGGUGGGCUUGGGGACCCCCGGCCCGGGCUGGUGCAUCUUCGUCUACAACCUGGCCCCGGAGGCGGACGAGAGCGUCCUGUGGCAGCUCUUCGGGCCCUUCGGCGCCGUCACCAACGUCAAGGUCAUCCGCGACUUCGCCACCAACAAGUGCAAAGGCUUCGGCUUCGUCACCAUGACCAACUACGAGGAGGCGGCCAUGGCCAUCGCCAGCCUCAACGGCUACCGCCUGGGCGACCGCGUGCUCCAGGUGUCCUUCAAGACCACCAAGCAGCACAAGGCCUGAGGUUUGGGCCCCAGCUGGCGUGGGGGUCUCCCGUCGGGACCCCCCUGGAGAAGCUCUCAGCUGGAGGUUCUGGGGACCCCCUCCGUGGGCACCAUGGGGGCCGUGGAGGAAGAGACCUGGAGAUCUUGGGGAGCUUCAGGGAUCUCACCAUGAGCACCAUGGAGAACAUGGAGAAACUCAGCUGGAGACCUUGAGGAGCUUCAGGGAUCUCACCAUGAGCACCAUGGAGAACAUGGAGAAACUCAGCUGGAGACCUUGAGGAGCUUCAGAGACCUUCAGGGACCCCUCCAUGAGCACCAUGGAGAACAUGGAGAAACUCAGCUGGAGACCUCGGGGAGCUUCAGGGAUCUCACCAUGAGCACCAUGGAGAACAUGGAGAAACUCAGCUGGAGACCUCGGGGAGCUUCAGGGAUCUCACCAUGAGCACCAUGGAGAACAUGGAGAAACUCAGCUGGAGAUCUUGGGGAGCUUCAGGGAUCUCACCAUGAGCACCAUGGAGAACAUGGAGAAACUCAGCUGGAGACCUUGGGGAGCUUCAGAGACCUUCAGGGAUCUCACCAUGAGCACCAUGGAGAACAUGGAGAAACUCAGCUGGAGACCUUGGGGAGCUUCAGAGACCUUCAGGGAU